CCUCCCGCAUGCAGACUCUGAAGACUCCUCGUUUGACGCUCCAGGCUCCUGAUUGGUCGAGCUGUUUGGGGAAAGGGGCGUGGCUUGCGUCUCAGUCCUGGCACCAGUUUGCUCUGCAAGCACCGAAAGGUGGAGAGAUUUUCCCCAUCACACACUCUUACUGUCAAACACACGUUCAGCGAGAGACUCGGGACGCAUCCACACGUAACGGGACUAUGGACCUGAGCCUGCGAGAUGCUCUGGGUGGCGGUGGCGGUGGCGUCCAAGGUGGGGCCCCUGGUGAUGCCCUUCUGAAGAGAGACUUUGUGGCUUCACUGGAGAAAGAGAGCUACGAUGACAAGGUUGGGGAGACGGUCUCCAAGAGUGACUACCGACCCUUACUGGAUGGAAAGGACACCAAGAGCGGUCCAGGGAUGAUGUCAUCAAUGAUGUCAUCAGGAGGAUGCCAAGACCUGCCAGGACAGCCUGCCUUCAGCUCUGACUACCUGUCUGGUCCUAUGCGUGGGAUGACAGAUCAGUGGAGCCUGAACAAGACAAAGGACAACAGCAAGCCUGACUCAUUUCUAGGCUUUUCUCAACCUGGGAUUGGAGGGACCAUGGGGUCCAGCAUGCCACCCUUCCAGACCAGUAUGAGCUCUACUCUUGGCCAGACUGGAAUGAGUCCAGCUAUGGAAACCCAGAAAAGUUCAAGCCAUUUUGGUGUGGAAAGCAAAACCAUCAGUAACACCAGUGGGAGUAGUCCCUUUAAAAGCAGUGAUCCAUUUUCUUCCGGUGGCACGGGAAUCCAUUCCAUGGAUCACUCUGCAGCUCCCAUCCUCUCUCCCAGCGGCUCAGUGGAUGACAGCAGUGCUACGUCCUCCAACUCUGAACCCCUCAGCCCUGACAGAGCAGGGCCGGGGGACGAAGCCGGCAAGCAGCAGCAGCGGCGACGGAAGAAGAAGAGGAAGGGCCGUGAUGAGGUCUACGACUUCUUGGAUAGCCAGGAGAAUAACAUCAGCAGGAUGCAGGAUAAAGGCAGAAGGGAGGUGGAGGAGGAUGAAGAUGAGGAGGAGAACUGGGAGUGGGAGAUCAGAGAGAGUGGAGGAGGGGGUAGGGUAAAAGGCAGAAAGACUAAGAGUCGGGCAAGACUUCCAGAGGAGUGGGGAGCUCCACAGCAGCCUGUCUCUCCCACACCAGCUACAGUUGCCCCUAAGUGGGCUGCAGGUGCUGACAUUGGCUCUAGUGACCCCAAAGCUCCAAACUCCAUCCCCAGCCCCACUCUACCCUCUGCCCCUGAACAGUUACCCACAAGUUUUACCAACUGUUCCCAUGUUGGCCAAGUAUCAGAUUUGUCUUCGCGCUCCUACGAGCCUAUGUGUUUAGACGACUUUUCUGUGUCUGUUAAAAAUGGGCAAAAGCCCAAUGAAGAGAAAAUAUCAGCCAAACCUGAAAACCAUAUUAGCACAGCUGCUAGUACAGUCACCAGGAAUAGUUUAGCUGGGGAUGUCAGCGGUAGCCUAGCACUAAUGACAGGGGACAACCUAAGCCCUGUCUCCCAGACCUUCUCUUUCCUUGAUUCAGUUCUCCAGACCCCACCGGGUUCCACUCCCGACUCCCAGACAACCACCCCCAUCACCAACACAGCCUCCCUUGCUCCUGCUUCCCUCACAAAGUCAACCCCAGUAGAAACCACCGUCCCUGCUUCACAAGCCGCUUCUGAUUUCAACCCUUUCAAGAGCACUUCAGACCUUCCCCCUACUGUGUCCACCAGUCCAUCACCUUUAACUUCAGCAGAAACAUACCCUUCAGCAGCCAUAGCUGGAUCGGCCCUCAACGUCGAUGCCAAGCCUUUCGUCCCCUCAGCCACACUAAUGUCCUGCACAGCCACCCCCAGUAAUUCGGAGGCCACUCCUGUUGUUAAAACAGCAGCAGUGGCCUCCACGGGAACCGCCAGUCCUGCAUCCUCUACCACUUCAGCAACACCUCUUAAUUCCUCAACUGCUUCCUGUAAGAAAGAAGCCACCCCGGCAUCGUCAUCACCAGACACUCCCCCCAAAUGCAUACCAGUGUCCCUUAGCACAGCCACACCCCCUCCUCCCAUCACCCAAGCAGUCCCUCCCUCUCUCCCUGCACACUCAGACCACCAGGAGUCCUCGUCGCCACAGCUCCCCCCAUUGGAAGUUAAAUCUGACAACAAGGACAAGCAGGAGAAGACAGACAUCGUGCCUGGGAAAAUGGACAAGAUUGACAACUUUGACAAGAAGGAAGAACAGCAGAAGGACUACGGCCCAGACAGGAACCAGAAGUCUGAGAAGAUAAUCAAAAACGAGGAGAAGCUAGAGAAGAUGAACACGGAGAAAAACAACAAGGCCAAUGAGAAGGCGGAAAAGGUGGACAAGCCAGAGAAGACCAACAAAGAUGAGAAGAAGGAAGAGGAGAAGAAGCCAGCUGAGAAGAAGGAAGAGAAGGGAGGGAAAGGGACAGCCAAAUCUCCCACAGGGAAUGGUAGCAAGACCCUGCCGAGCCCUGACAGCAAGAGCAAGCCUAAUGCAGGUUCCACCAAACCAGAUUCUGCCAAAUCACGCCCAUCCACUCUCUCCACAAAUGGCGAGGCCAACUCGGCCAAACGCCCCUCCCCCACCACUGCUUCAGCCAAUAAAAAAAGCCCUGUACCCAAGGCAACUACACCUACUGCUGCCAAGCGGCCGCCAACAGCAACUAGCUCUGCUAAGGCUGCCAAGACUCCAGAAAAUGGAGAAAAACGUCCACCUGUGCCAAAGGCCACGCCCGCUCCCCGUACAACUGCCAGUAAGAAUGGCUCCUCUGCAACUGCUGCAGGCAAGACUGCAGAUGUGACAAGUUCAUCCAAGUUUCCUUGUCUUUCGGAAAUAACAAGUAAGAAAACAACUCUACAGCAAGCCAACAAGAACGACAAGACUGAGAACAAGACCAGUGAGGCCAAGAAACCCAAGACUACACCCCGUCCUCGCCCAGCCUCAACCGCCGCUCCUGCUACCCCGGCUGCUUCCACCAAUGGAGAAUCCAGUGCCACUCACCGCCGUCGGGUCAUCACCAAACCCCCUGUGCCCAAGCAGACUCCCCUGGAUAAGAAACCAGCCGUUCCCCGUGCUCCCCGCACCCCCCGACCCAUCAAUGCCCCGACACCAGAUCUAAAGAACGUCCGUUCCAAGAUUGGUUCUAUUGACAACAUCAAGUACCAGCCUGGUGGAGGAAAGGUCUCUUCCACCCCGAACAACAAGACAUCAGACCCCUCCACCCCUGCUGCCAAGGCCAGAGUUCAGAUAGUGCACAAAAAGCUGGACUUCAGCCACGUCACUUCUCGCUGUGGCUCCAAGGACAAUAUCAAACAUGUCCCUGGAGGUGGCAAUGUGCAGAUCCUGAAUAAGAAGGUUGAUGUGAGCAAGGUGACAUCCAAAUGUGGCUCCAAGGACAACAUCAAACACAAGCCAGGUGGUGGUGAUGUGAAGAUUGAGUCCCAUAAGCUAAACAUUAAGGCUAAGUCUAAGAUUGGGUCUAUGGACAACGUGGGGGCAGGAAAUGGACAGACCAAUGGACAAAAGGAAGAGAAAACUGAGCAGAAAACAUCAUCACCCCCAAGUGGCACUCAGACAACAGGACCAGGAGUCACUGCUAAGGCCACAGCACCUGGAAGUGUUGCUAAGGAGAACAGCAUGAAGGAAACCACACCCUCUCCUUUUGGGGGAGAUGGACUGAGGGAGCCCCUCGGUGCAGAGAAAUGCAUCACUGAGACAAACUGAGUCCCAAUGACCUGCAGAUUUCGGUGGGACACGCAUGGCGCUCGCUGGCCUGCCAAUCAACUGACCAACCAACUACCACGGCGCAGUCACUUUCCUCUGAUCCCGCCCUUCAUCUUGCCCACCGCAGCACCGAACUGACCGAUCGCCUCUCAGUGUUUCUCUGGGAUCUGCCUGCCAGCUUCCUGCUACCAACUCUGACCUUUGGCCCCUUGUCACCCUUGGGUUGCCCCACCUACCACAGAGAAAAGUAAUUGCUGUUUGUUCAUGUUUCUCUGUGCAGGUUUCCACCAGCUUCUCCACUGAUGCCAUUUCCUUGUAAGCACUGACUAAGGUCAUUCCAACCUUAAAGCCCAAAUGUAACAACCCCAAAGCAAUAAUCCCACAAUCAAUCAAUCAGUGCUCUAUUAAGUAUCUUGACCAUAGCCACUUUUUCUCAUAGAAUGUUCACCCUACUAGUGAAAACAGUUGCCUCAGAUCACAGUAAUGGAGCUUUGUUCUAGACCCUCUGGCAGGCUUUGACAUUUAAAAACCAAACUAACAAAAACAGCACCAUUCAUAGGUCAUCAGACGUCUCAUUACAGGUCAGUCUACAAUUCAUCACAUGUUACUUCUCUUGGUAUCAGUGCACCAGUUUGUCUCUUCAGAGUUCUUCACAAUAAUGAUUCCUUGAAUUUUAAUAUUAUGAUGCUAACAGUUUGUAGUCGUGGCUGCAAAGAGCACAAAAUGAAUCUGGUCUCGAGCGGCUAUGAAGAGAGAAGUCUGGAAGCAAAUCUGAAGAUUUUAAAACCAGUGCAAAAGCUUCUCAAAAGUCAGAUGGUUUUAGUACAAUUGAAAUCAUUCAGCGAUGUAACUCGUGCAUUAUGAAGGCAGCAAGAGGGAGGAUACAGGAGCUCUGCUGAUGGUUUUGGCUCAAAGAGGAUUUGGCACAAAAAAAUCUGUGUUUGAUCUCAGAGCCAAGUGUUUUUAAAGUUAAGAUCUCUCUAAUUGACCUUGAACGAGUGAAUAUAAAUUCCAGCUGAAGGAGUGUUAUUGAAGGAUGGUAAUAAACCUUGGAAUUAAACGGAGUGGCACAGAACACAUGCACUCUAUAAUGUAAUGUAGCACUUAUGGUGGACAGUGUCAAUCACAGUGUCACAGGAUUCUUUAUAAACAUUCAGUCACACCAGCACAUUAAAUGUCUCCAUUUCAGAGUCAUUAUAGUGUAGAUCUGUGGAAUCUGUGUGAUGGUCUAUGGUUGGCAUGUCCAUACAGGCCAAAUGGUUCCUUGCAAAUUUUCACCGCUGACUAUUAGUAAGCCGUCUUGACAAUGCUGAGAGAACAGAGCAGGAGUUUUCAACUGAGAAAGUACUGUAGGGAUCCAGCUGUUUUUCAACAUCAGCUUUUAUUUCACCUCGGUACGCUCGGUAGCUUUUUUUCCCUUUUCUUAGUACUUGAUUGAAAUUAUAGGGCACAAUCUCUGGCACAGUAUAAAAAAAAUGUAGAAGCUCAGAGAGCUGUUGUGAUCACUAACUCUACAGCAUGCUUUCUGCUUGCUAUAUUCUAAGCCACCUGCAGUAUGAAGUCAUUUGAAUUUGUUAACAUUUGUUCAUAUAUCAGGAUAUACUAACAAAAACUUCUGCUUUAGAUAAAUGAGUACAGUUCUUUUUCUUUCUCUGUUACUUACUGUCCACAUUCUCCAGAGGAAGUUGAAUACUUUGAUUUACAACCUCUUUUCCUAAAAAAGGCAGAAGGCUUUGUAGAUCAUUAAAAUGCUGUUUGAUGUGAAAAUGUUCAUUUGAAAGCAUAUUGUGAAGAUAUUUACUCAAGCUGAACUAGGGUUUAAUGAGUCACUGUUAGCUUUAUUUAACCAGGUGAGCCAUUAAGAACACUUUGGGUAAAGGCAUCUAAAAGGUAAAAGAACAUUUCUACACACCUGAAGCCAUUUCUACACGCUCACUGGUGAAACACUGCCCCAUAGUGGCGGAAGUUUUACUUACAUUUUUCAACAAUUACAAAAAAUUCCUUGAGGAGAAGAUCCAACUUUUUUUUGAAAAAUGCUGCUGAUGUUAAAAAUGUAAUGGAUAUUUUUAAAAAAUAUUUCUUUGAAAUUUUGACUUCUGUUUUUUCAUCUAGUAUUUCAGCGCUUUUGCAAAGCAUUGCAUUCUGCAUUUACUUACAUUUUACACACGGCCAACUUUUUGGAAAUGAGGUUGCAGAUCAGUCCUGGUCACGUGGUUUUAGCACAACUCCGCAAAGUCAUCUGAUACAUCAGCACUGCGGACAUUUUAUUUUGGGAUGAUGAAGGCAUUCAAGUACUAGCUUAAUCAACAGCUAUUUCAAGUCAUACAAGUCUUUAUUUGAGCUUUGAAGGGCACUACACUUAAAAAUCAGCAUCAUUGUUUGGCUCCCGCACUGAUUGGAAACCUUCACACCCACUCAUUCACCUGCACCCACCAUGAGGGACCUCAGCAGUCACCCUGAGCUUGUAUGGCAUUUCCUGGUCAUGUGGUUUUCCCCCAGUGGAGGGUUGGGGCUGCAGAGCAACAACCUCUAGUUAAAUCCUCCCUCCUGCUGGUGCUUUGUAGAGCCCACUCCAUAAAACCAUUUAGUCACACACACAUAAGCACAGACUGAUACAGGAAAGCACACAUAUGCUUGCUGGUGUGCAUACACAAAUACACACAAAACACAAAGCACCACCGAAAAAAUGGAAGUGGUGUGCUGAUGACAAAGCAUUUCUCUGUUCUGGAAUCAAAGCAACUCUUUAUUGUUUUUCUUUUUUUGUUUGUCUGUUAUUUUGGUGGUGUAUGCCGAUGUUGUUCAAAUAGUGAUGAGCUGUGUAAGUGUGAUGUUCCUAUUAUACCAUUUUCAUAAUGGUAUCAUCGCCUCAUUGCACCACCUCCUCAUCUGUCACCUCUACCUGUGUCUCACUCCAGUUCUCUGACAGCAAUACAGUGUAGGGAAGGCCUCCAGUUACCUGCACAUGCACAGGGCGUUCAGAUAGAGAGGGACAGACAACCACUGAUAUUAUCCAGUAGUUAUGAGAGGAGAGAGAUUGCGUAAAUGAAAUAAUGCAUUCAUGGCUGAUCUCACACCAGAGUUUCCUUUGUAGUGAUUUACUUAUACUAGACUGGACUGUCUAGUAGAUUGAACUUGCUGAGCGCUAUUUAGCCACCGUGACUACCCACAGUAGCAGACGAUGAAAUGCCUUCUCUGGCGUAUAAAUGAGUUUACCCUACAUCUGUAGUGUAAAUAGAAGGAGCUAAAUAGUUUUUGUUUGGGUUUUUUUCCUUUAGUGCUUAGUUUGUGUGAGUUUUUUUUUUAAGUUUUGUUGAAGUAAAAACCUCAAAGUAAAAAAAAAAUGUAAAAAUUGAAACUAAAGUAAACUGGACAGCGGGAACUGCCCAGCUCCAACAUGCCAUGAAGGCAGCAGUAUUUCAGCCAAGCACAUCCGCGAGGGACCUGCAGAUACUAUAAUGAGGCCCAUUGAGUGUAAGCUAUAAAAAUAAUGCGCGGGAUCACAGUACACACACAAAAAACCUGAAUGGCUUAAUGCUUUAUAGGAAAUAAUUGACUGAAAGAAAAGUGUGCUCAUUUUGUUGUAAUUCCAGAUGCUAUCUUAAGAAAUCAAACAUGUUAGUUUUAGGUACAGUUUAGAUUCUUAUAAGCCAGCACUGUGAUGUGACUUUGAUUUGCACACUGAAACCAUCGCUCCGUAUCAGCCCGGUAAUACGGACAGGCCCUGUGUGCUCAGCGUGCAUUAAAAGGCUGGGAUGGUCUCUGCUGAAAACACUGAGGGAUUAGUGACAUGUCUGUGGCGUGCUCCCAUAGUUGUCAGAUGUGUGAAGUGUUACUACUGCAUCUAUCCUGUAGAGAGCGCUGCUUAGCCUCUGGAACACUGAUAGUCUGGCUCUUAACAAAGGCUGAGUGAGAAAGCUUACAUCACCAUUAGAGACGCUGCAGAAGGCUUCCAUUCUGCCCUCAUUCAAGCUAUCACUAUAUUAUUGUGUCUGGAACACCACAUAUUAUCAUAAUCAUACAAAUUAUGUAGAGUUCCCCAGAAAACUCAAAAGUUUCGUGCACUUUGAACAUAGUCUUGUUCAUUUUAUUGAUGCACUUAAGUGAUAUUAAAGUUGCUUCACUGUAUGUUGGUGAACAUUGUCAGCAGUGUACUGUACAUGUGUGCUUCUGGGAACAAAACAGUUUUGGUAGCUAGAUGACGUUAUAAUAUUCAAAGAGCAAGUGAUCAAAUAGUCAACAAUUAAGACAACUAAAAGCACCAUUUAAGAAUAUUCAAUAUUGUGUUGUUCCCUCCAGAUCAUUCCCAUGCGUUGCCUAAAAGUAACAUGUGUUACAUGACAUAUGCGUGGGUCAUAUGUGAAAUUAAUAAUGUAAACCGACUUUCUUCUGGAACAGAAGAACAAAAGUAUGAAAGCACUUUGGGUUGUGGAUCGUGUAUAUAUGAGAAGAAGUAAGGUGUAGCUCCAUGCGUGAACAUCUGGUGGGAUGAGCUGAUGUUGUGUGUCUAGAUCUGGAUUUUUGUGGCAUUGUGCUGUUGGCUACGACGAUUUGACACUCAGCUCUCCAGUCUGCUCUCAUUUUGUUCCUGUUAACAUUCCCUGCUUCUUAUUUUCUGGCCAAGCUACAGAGUAACAUUCUGCAAGUAGACAGUUCAAGGUCCAUACUGACCUUUUGAAGGAGUCAGUGGGCCCCUUGUUUAAUUUAUUCUGAGAGCGCCGACUUUAAAACUGUCUCUGGUCAAGAACAGGUUUCAGUGUUAGCAUACAGCGUGUUAAUGUUAGCAUACAGUGUGUUAAAUAACAAAAGCAGAUGUUAUGAAAUCAAGACCGUUAAAGUGGCCCUUUUAUAAUCAUGUUGAGCUCCAUAUUUAUAUUCUUGGACUAGAGUAGAGUUCAAAAUAAUCCUUGCUGGUCUUUUGCUUGUGCAGCCCCUCACUUCAUCCUAUACCUGAAACAAGCCUUUAAACCAGCUUUGUUCUGAUUGACGGAUCCUAUGAGUGGACAAAGUAAUCUCACGAUUUUUUUUAUUUUUUAAGGUAAAUAUUCUAAAGUAAUACAGUUAUAAUGUUAUUCAAGUUAAGUUAUAUACAUGACAGAAAAUACAGGAAAGCCCCACAGGCCCUCUUCAAAGCUAUGAACUGUAAGCCUGUUUCAUUUUGCAACACAUUAAAUCAAAGAAAGAAUUCAAUAAAAACAGAAACAUUCAAAAAUAUUUAAGGCUUUCCAUCCUGGCAACCAGUAUUUGUACACAACUUUGGGGUAUUUAUGAGUAUACACAAACUUUUCAAUGUGGAAAAUGCUGUUUGUUAAUUUACAAAGUUCUUUAGGAGCAGCUUUUUGGGACCAUUGAUUAUGAGCCAGACAGUAGCCUACAACAUGCUUGUAUCAAUGGUCCCAAGGUAACAGAUAAAAAGAUUGAUGGUGGAGCCUACUCGGUGAGUGGGUUAUGAAAAAUUAAGAAGCAGGCAUGUUAAUAUAUAUACAUAAUAUGGCCUUAUCUUAUAAAUGAAAAGAAUUUGUAGAUUUGAAGAGCUCAAAUAUUCUUAUCAGUUUCAAAAAUGCAAUCCAGCUGAGGUUUUUGUGAUUUGAGUCUUGUCUUUGGAUAUUCAGUAAGGAAACCAAUGGACCCUUAAGUUAGUAAAGUUUUAAUAGAACCAUGGGAAUAUAAUAUAUGUAAUAUUACUACAGUCAUCAGGAGUGUGAUACAGUUAAUGUUACUUUGGAGCUUGGACAGAAAGUAAGAAACAGAUUCACUCUAAUGUCCGUUUGAACUCCCAGUUAUUGCACUCGAAUACCACCCUUCCACUAGUAUUUCACACUGUAUAUAGACACCAUCACGUUUUUAUCACUCCACGUGUAACUCAAAUUAGUUCAAAUGAAAUAAAAAGAAGAAAAAAACUGAAAAAAAUUCUUACUUCUUAACAGGGUGUAGUGGAUGUUGACAGACGGGCGGUUACGUUUAUAAACCUAGUUAGUGUUGAGGUAAGACAUUCUGGUAAGACUGAAAGCAUAGGAAAGGAAAAGUGUACUUUUUUUUCAGAGUCUGCCUUUUUUCCAUCAAGAAAAGGGCUGCUGAAGUUUCAAGAAUGUUUUAAAAAUGUAUUAAAGAUGCAAGAUUAUGAAUACAUGUAUGAGGUUUGUCUCUGUUCUCUUUUGGAAGAUAGCUCACAUAUGGAAAACACUGUUUACCAGAUUCAAACUGACAGGCAGGAGAAGAACCAGUGUGUGUCCACUUAGGUAUGAUCUGAAGAAGCUUUGCAUAAAGAGAACAUGAGGACACGCCUCAGAAUUGGCAACAUUUGGUGUGAACUGCUCUGACACACACUGGUGAGCCCUUUCUUCUGCCUACCACCACCAGAAAGUAAUACCCUUUAUUAAACAGCUCCUGUGUAGACGCCUUGACAUAUCUACCAACAUGGGACUGAAUUAAGGCAAGUCAUGGCCCAAAUUAUCUUCCCACUGUCAAUAACAAAAAUAAUAGACCAUUCUGAACCUGUUUGUAAAGUAAAAGAAAAGUGCUUCUGAUCCUAAGCAAAGUUUCAAACACUUCAAAAGUAGUGUUGGUAGAUAUAUCUGGAGCCCCUAACCACGUCUCCCACCUGCAGUGGCUCAUCAGCACCACAGCACUGAAAAGCAGCUGAUUUUACCUCUGUCUUGUACCAUAUAUACAGCAGCUACCAAUUAAACCAGUAUUCCAGCUGUUUAAAUGUCAAGUGGAGUGGAAAAUUACAAGUGUGUGUGUAUUGUAUUCUGGUCUUCUGCUUGCCCUUACUCAACCUGAGAGGCAGCAGGCAAAAAGAAGCUACUUUUCAGCACUGUAGAAAUAAACCCACUGUAGUGUGUGUGUGUGCUGUAUUACUCUGUAGGGCGCAACACCAUAGCAAGAGCAUGCAGAAGACAACAAACCAACUGCUGGUUGUUAGAGGCAUCUGUCCUAUUAGAUAGAGCUCAUCUCCCCUUUCAAUUCUGAAUAUUUGGUAUGAAAGAGAUGUUCAUUGUGGUUAAUUGUUAACUAGUGAUGUGAAUAUUAAUCAAGAAAUAAAAAGAUGAGCAAAAGUUCA